AUAAAGAAGAAAUGGCUUCUCAAGAAGAGAAAGAUAAUCGCAUUGAAAGAAUCUCUACUUCAAUUAGAAUCAUCCCUAACUUUCCCAAACCUGGGAUUUUGUUUCAAGAUAUAACAACUUUUUCGCUAGAUACAAAAGCACUUAAGGAUACAAUUGAUCUGUUUGUUGAGAGGUACAAAGGCAAAGACAUAUAUGUUGUUGCAGGUGUUGAAGCAAGAGGUUUUAUAUUUGGGGCAAAGUUUGUUCCCAUGAGGAAACCUAAUAAGCUGCCUGGGGAUGUUAUUUCAGAAGAAUACUCAUUUGAAUAUGAAACAGACAAAAUUGAAAUGCAUGUUGGUGCUGUUGUAAUACCCCCUGUACAAGCACGAGAGCGUGCUUUGGUUAUAGAUGAACUCAUUGCGACUGAUGGCACUUUAUAUGUUGCAAUCAGACUUCUAGGUAAUGAUUUCAAGUUAUAUGCCAGUUCUCUAUCGUAUUGGUUUGAAACCAUUAAGGGGCUUGCUUCGAAUAUUAGCUGA